AUGACAAACAUGAAGCCGGAAAAUGCAGUACGGGCCAGUUUAGAUUUUGCUGGAAGCCGAGGUACAAUCAAUUUUAAUGUCAAGCUACUCGAUAUACUGGAUUAUGUAGGCGAUUCUGUCCGACCUAUUAGAGAGGGUUCUGCGGUAUAUGAUGCGAAGCAUAUUGUUUGCAUCGGAUAUACUAAUAAAACAGAUCACGAGACUCAGGUCAAAGGUUAUGUCACACAGUCUUGUCAUCCUGGCCAAAUGCCGCAUGAAGUUAGUUUGAACAUUACUCAUAAUGUUUCUGGAUGGGUCCUGUGUUGCUCAUGCAAAGCUGGAACAGGUCGUUGUAAACAUAUAGUUGCUUGUUUACUGCAUCUGAAUCGAUUUGAUCAAGUGGAAUAUCUCUCGUGUACUGAUACUAAGCAAGCUGGGGGAAUUUUGAAAGCUGAAAAAGGUACCCCAUGGGGGGCUAAAAAGCUGUCAGAACUUUGCUGUAUAAAAACACCUUCCCGGCUUGUUCCAGUUGAUACGAAACUCAAAAACCAGAUUAUUAAAGAAUCUUUUGAAAGGAUAAUUCAAGGUAUCGUAAUAUAG